AUUUGUUUACCAAUUCGAUUUAUAGAAAACAGCUCACUUUUAGCUUUGUGACAAAUGGCAAAAAUAAGAGAUUUGCCGGAGGAAAUAGUUAUUUUUAUCUUCAGUUUUCUGAAAUUGCGUGACCGAAAAACAGCAUCCCGUGUGUCGCGACUAUGGAAUCGACUGGCCUUCACGGAUCGACCGAUGCGAACGAUUUCUCUUCACGUUGCUGACUACCUGGACCCGAAGCAGUGCAGAAUCCUGCUUAAAAGCAAACGCUGCUAUCGUAAUCUCACGCUGGAGUGGACGGAAUCUUCCAAACUGCAUCAUAUUGUAGAUGUACUGGAAAAAUUUGGUCCGGAAUUGAAUUCGCUAAAGUUGUCGACGUACGUAAUUACCCCUUUGGUUCUCGUUCGAUUUCUACUCAAAGCGCCUAAAUUGAACGAGCUCAUCAUUGAGGGCUGUUUCUGCAGCGAAGGUUUUGAAUUGUUUCCAACGUUCAAAAACAUACGAGUGCUGGAGCUAACUCAGCGUGGAUUCGAAGAUGAAGUGUGCCGAAUAAUCCCGCGGAUGUUCCCCAACGUAACGUCGUUAGAUUUGGUAGCUGCGGAGAAUGUUGCAUUCGAUUUGAUAUUGCACUACGGAAAGCAGCUGAAAUGUCUCCAUGUGCUGCUAGAAUGUUCUCAUUUUGUACAGUUUUGUUCCCUGAAUUGUUUGGAGAAUUUACGUCGAAUACACGUGUACUGGCCGCAACCAGCCGAUUACAAGCUUUCGGUAGAAUGUUUUCAGCAAAUGGAGCUACUAGAGAGUGCCUCUCUGACUGGAGCGUUGAAUGAAACAACUUUUAAUUCUAUAUGCAAUAAAUGGCAGCAUCUGGAGCAUUUGUGUAUCAACGUACAAUCUAUGAAAGCUGCUACGUUUGGCAAAAUAGCACAGCUGAGUAAGUUGCGCACAUUGAAAAUUCAGGGGUCCAUAAGGGAGGGGAAUUUUUUGAAAGACGUUCAGUUACCCAAGAUAAGCCAUCUAAUUCUGGAUGGCAUUUCAACGAGUCUUAACUUUUAUGUACAUCUGGCAAGUUUUGUGCCCAAUGUGCGCUACCUGAAAAUCUACGACCACACCUUCGAAAAUGCUCAUUUGCGCCUGCUGUGUACAACUCUAGUGUCUCUUCGUGCGUUAUCACUGGAUUACUGUUAUCAGGUAAAGGAUGAUGGAUUUCAGUUUCUGGGAAAUUUGACAAAUCUCAUCGAGCUGCAAUGCUGGUCAAUACCCAUAUCAGAGAACGCGUUUGUCAAAUUUCCUAAAUGUCCAAACCUGCGUACUUUCAGCGUAGGUGGAAGUGGAUGGAUUACGAACAGAACGAUACUGGAUAUUCCCUCUGUUUUCCCAAAUCUAACAGAGCUGCAAAUAGUCGACUGCUCCAAAGUCGACGAGGACACAAUGUGGACCGUUCAAAAGCAAUUGAAAAAAUGUUCGGUGGUUAAACUGGAAAAGCCCGAACUAGAUAGAUAUAGCGAGGCUGCUUGGCAAAAGUGUUGGUGACUCACCACUUAUGUACAUAUCUGUGAUAGUUGACUUAUUUAAUAUGUCUUGUCAGUGUCGAUCAUUAGGAAACUGCCUAUUUGUGUGUAAAUUAUGAAGACUAUAGAAGUUUAAUCAUCAAUCAAAGCUACAAACGCACUCAAAAACUGAUACCCUCCAUCUAUUAAACAUCCAACUAAUCGUGCAUGCUUUCCUAUUUUUGCUGGCGCUAAAUCAAUAAAGUUUGAAAUGAUUUUAAAAUGCCUGUAUGUUCUUAGCUUUUAGUGGUUGGUUUUUGUAACAUGACAUGCAGAGGAUUUGA